UUUUUUUGGGCUGAAGCCGGCAAACAAAUUUUAUUACUCUGCAGGAUUUCACAGACACAACCCCUGAAUUCAAUUACAUAUUAAAAUGUCUUUCUUUCUUUUUUAUUUAUCUCAAACUUUAAGAACAAUAUUAUAUAUAUAUAUAAAUUAAAAUUAAAAUGUGAAAUACAAACAGUGGCACAAUAUUUUGUUCAAUACAAGGCACUACAAAAGAGGUCUUCCUUUGGAAAUAAUGCACAAGAAAUUGAUAGAAAAAAUGUUAAAAAAAACAAAAACAAAAAACAUUUCAUUUUUGUUGAAUGUGAUUUAUAAUCCAAAUAUCAUUAAUGUGCUAUUUAAACAGUAAAAUAACCCUCAGGAAAAGAGACGCAAAAAAUGAAUAUAAAGAAUUUUCAAAAGGCAGAUAAUAAAAAGCAUAUUUUGAUUUUACAAAGUGUCAACUUUGUUAACAUAGGCUAAUUAUGAUGUUUGUACAUUAAGAUUAACUGUCUUUCGUCUUUGAUUAUUUCCUAAUUCAUUCUUGCAACGUGUACAUAAAUAACCAACUUUCCGUAUUCUUGUGUUUUCCAAACAACAACAAAUCACGAUGGUGCCUACACAUGUGUAAUGAUCCCAGGAUUUCCGAUUCCACGGGAACGCAGCACAGUUUUACAAGGCUGAGUGCCUGAAAGUCAUUUGUUUUCCGAGAGUCGGACUGACUGGAUUGGACGGCCGGGGGUUCCGCCCACAAACACACAAGGUGGAGUUGAAAAGAAAAAACAUGCUGGGCUAAAUUGAAGCUGUCAAACAGCCUCAUUCAAUUUGCUAAAAGAGGAAUCGAGCAAUAUGAAAAAGCAUGGAGACUGCUUUGGAGACUUCCUAGAUAGUUCUCCCAGAAGUGGACACCUUACUUUGCGAAGUAAACAUGAUCAUAUCGUGCAAAGCUUAAUAUUAUAAGUCAAUUACAUAAAGUUACAUGAGUUGAGGUUAAAACACUUGAAUUUAAAACGGCAGGUAAAACUUUACAUAUUUUUGACUUAAAACAUUCACUGUGCAAACCUCGGCUGAGGAUCAGACAGGUUCGGCGGUAGUGGAGUUAAAAUAUUCACCCACAGUUGGGUUCAGAGACAACGGAGCAAGAUCGGAAAAUAUGAGGAUGUCUCGGCGUGGCGAAAUGGUUGGAUGGAGAGAGAGGAGCUGCUGCGCGAUGAGUGGAGGGAGACGGCGAGAGAGAUGGAGGCGGGGGGGAAGGACCAUCUCUGCGGGGACUAGAGCCCAGGACCGACGGCGCAGUGCUGGCUAACGUUCAACCCUCCCCUUCUUCCUCCACAACCAGACCGUGGCUCACGCCGAGAGACAGGUAAGCCAACAAACACGCCGCCUGGUUUCAUAAUAUAUCGAGGGUGCGCGGCAAAUACGUUCGGAAAACCACAAAAAGCCGCUAAAUCGGUGUUUGUGGUUUGCAAAUGUUUCUUUUUACACGACUCAGUCGGCAGCCUCUUUGUAGAAACGAAACAUACCGACAGCUGUAGCAGGGUAGAGACGAGGUCGGCCAUAGCCGGAUUUCUUGUCCUCUACAGCGGGGGAGAAAUUGAACAUUAGACCUGGAGGUAAAUGUGUUACUUUCUUAAAUUUUUGACAAACGGGUGAUUCAUGCUAUCUUCUUUAAUCGAAACUCGGUUAUUCGUGCUGUAAGUGGGGCACUUGAGCUGGGGUAUUAACGGUAGUUUCCGCGCCGAGACCUCCAUGCGGCUGUUGGCGGAACAACCAGCCGCCUCUCUCGGUUAGCCAUCAGGGAUCUCGGUUUAAUAUCUCACCGUGCAGAGACUCGCCCUCUCUCUCCCUCUCUCUCUCUCGCUGACUAUCCUAGAACCACCGACGACCGAGCUCGGAGAACCCGCCUUCUUGAUCUAGCUUAUGCGCUUUUGGAUCGAGGGAAGGGAGUCUGCAACGCCUUGGCUUUAGUUUUAAGCCUCGUUUUCCCUGUUUGCAGUGCGCCAUUGGACCUUGUCACGGUAGGUUUCCUUGUCGAGCUGAGCUGAAGCAUGGCGGAUCUGGAGCUGUUUGUCGCGCCUGUGAAGCUUCUUUGCCUCGGAUGUUACCAUGUUUCCUUUAGAUAUUGUAGCUCACUAAACAGACAGUUUGACAGCGCGACAGAGUUGCCGAAACCGUUUAUGAGCGUUAAAAUAACCCGUUUAUGAAGUAAGGUCGAGGCUGUGAUGUUUAACCGCUACAAUUAUUUUACAUUUUCUCUUUCUUCCUGCGCCUCCGCAAGCCCUUCCAGCCCACCACCGCGGAAAUUUUCUCGGACGCGAUAUUAAUUCGUUAAAAAUUCUCUUACAAGAAUCAACGAAGAAUAUGAUUCGUUUCAGUAUUUGAUAGUUUUAUUAACAAAUUAUUUCGAAUACCCUGUAAACAGGAGGCACGAGUCUAGCCACGGAAAAGCAGAUUUUAAUUUUAUUUUAACAAGCCUCAAGUUUUGCAUUAAACUCUUUAACUUUUGAUAAAUAAAUUCUUGCGAACAGAUAUUUAUGACAAGCCUAAUUUCAAUCUCACUUGGUGUGCCAAGUUGCCCUUGGUCAUGUUAUGCAUCUGCUCUAAAAUUGUAUGAUGUAUAUUGUCAAAUAAAAUUUAAUUUAAUCCCAUAUGUGACGAUCCACGCAUUGUAAUCAUAAGUUUUAAAGACGUUUUAGUUGCAUAAAUGUUGCUAAAGAUAGCUCUGACACGACCAGGUCACGCCGUGAACACCAUGGUGAGCUGGGGCCACCAAGGACACGAUGAACAACGAGCAGCCGCCAUCAUUGGAGCACAGCUCGGCUACGCCUCGCUGAAGAAUGCACUCGGUUUUUCCCCUAAAUUGUGCCACUGUAAAUGCUUAAACGAAAUAAGGCUGUCUAAAAAUUAAAUGAAAACACACUGACACAUCGUAAGCGAAUAUAAUCACGAUUUCCUCGCUCAGGCUUUCGUAAACAUUGAAGGAAAAGAUUAUAGGGUUGCAUGGCGGAGCUAGAUCGGCGUCCAUCGGUGAUGAGGCGCCACUACCGAGUGGCGCAUUUGGAUGCAGUACUUCCAAGCCACCAUUCCCCCUCGUCGGAGACCGAAAGCAGAUCCCCCGUCCGUGGUCAGCUGGUUGCCUACAGCUGCCUGUCCGUCCACGUCCAUUCGCUUCCUCCUUCCGUGUAUCCACCCCAACCUCCGUUGCGACAGAAAAUCCUCCAUUACUGAGCGGACCGAGUUAGAAAAUGGUUGCUCCAGUGUGUCCACGAUACUUUUGUUGCGGAAUAAGGACAGUAUUAAUACGCCAAAUUCCAGCUGGCGAAAUUUGCUCGACGGAGACUCCUGAUGUCGUAGCUAGUUGUGCUAGUUGAAGCCCUCCGCAGUGUUAUUUGAGAUUUGAAGCCGUCACAAGCAAUAGCCUAUGUCUCACCAUGUAGCGUAAACGUUUAAGGGGCGGUGUAAUGAACAUAAACCAUUAUGUCGAGGCACAUUUAAAUCCCUUCACAAAUUGAAAUCCAACAUCGUAUUUGAUUUUAUAUCACUAAAAUUCACUUUUUUUCAGAAAUCAACGUCUUUCGUUUAAUAAGAAACAACACAAAAUCGUUUUUGAAAGUUUUUAUUCUUACCAAAGGAUGCAUUUUUUAUGUUUUUUAGGGUGCUCACAUAACAUUAUUGUUACAAUAUAAGUUAUUUGCUCUUUUCUCUUUUUAAUUUAGAUAACUUAGUCCGAAUUUUUUUUUCUUUCUUUCUUUUUUUUUUUUUCAGAUAGCAGACUGAACACCCACAAAUGAAUGGAGUAAUGGAUGCAUCCAACCAAGGCCAAGGUGAGGUUUUGGGACAGUGUUGCUAACAAGUGGCACAUUUUUACAGAUCUAUAAUUACAACACAUCUACUUUUAUUAAAAAAAUGUAUGAAUCCAAAGUUUUAUUUUACUGGCCUUAACAGGUCCCUUAAGUAACCAUAUCUUUAUAAAAACACACCAUGUAGAUGUUUAACAUUUUACUAUGAAUGCAAUAUGUCUUUUCUGCUCAGGUAAAUUAUAAUCAGAAAAAAAUAGAUUCAAACUGUGACUUAUGGUUUUGAGGUCUCUUCUAUCACACAGUGUGGGCGCAGGAUGACCUCUUAAAACUCCUGGAGGCCAUGAAAGUAGCCUUGCCUCAGAAAGACCUUACGAAAUACAAAACUUCUGAAUCCCACCUUGACUGGCAAAAGGUGGCCUUCAAUUCCUACACAGCUGAGAUGUGCAAACAGAAGUGGCAGGAGGUCUCUAAAGAGGUGGGGCAUGUUUGAUCUGAUUACUAUUGUGGUUAUAAUUGUAUGUUCUCCUUUUUAUUAUUUUUUUUACAAGUUUUUCUUUUCCACCAAAGAUUCGUAAAUUCAGGACCCUAACAGAGCUGAUCAUUGAUGCCCAAGACUACAUCAAAAACCCGUACAAGGGCAAGAAAAUAAAGGUGAGCUAAAUGCUUCAUGUAGAGUAGCAGUUGAAAGAAGUUGCAUCUGGUUGGAUCUGAAGACUUGUGUAUAAUACACCUACUUUCCCCCUUAAUACACAGAAACACCCGGAUUUCCCCAAGAAACCCUUGACUCCAUACUUCCGCUUCUUCAUGGAAAAGAGGGCUAAAUAUGCUAAAUUGCAUCCUGAGAUGAGCAACCUGGACUUAACUAAAAUCCUCUCAAAGAAGUACAGAGAGCUGCCAGACAAGAAAAAGGUCUGUCAAAUCAAAGACAUAAAAUACACUUCACUAAAGACAUCUUUCCAAACAACAAACUUAUUGCUUUCUUUUUUGUUUCCUCAGAAAAAGUAUGUAGACGACUUCUUAAGAGAUAAAGAGUCAUUUGUACAAAGCAUGGUGAAGUUCAGGUGAGAUUGUUCAUGAAUAUUCACAAUUAAAUGUCAUUAAAACAGGUUAUUAUUAGGAUUUCAUCUGCAGUAUAUUUAGGAAUUUAAAGGAUGUUUCCAUGCUGUUAAUACAGGGAACAACACCCAGACCUUAUGGAGAGCAUGACCAAGAAAGGAUCAAAUGUACCUGAGAAGCCCAAGACACCCCAGCAGCUGUGGUACAACCACGAAAAGAAGGCUUUCCUCAAGACACGCCCCGAUGUAAGUGUAGCAGCUGCAGCACAGCAUACAAAAGAGCAUCUUUUACCCUAAUAACCUCAAAUGUUUCACUGUAAACUUCAGGCCACCACCAAAGACAUCAAGGACAGUCUUGGCAAACAGUGGACACAGCUGUCUGACAAGAAGAGACUCAAAUGGAUUUCCAAGUCUCUUGAGCAGAGGAAACAGUAUGAAGUGAGGACUGUUUAGGUGAACUUUUAUGGAGACAAGUCUGUCUUUUCUUCAGUUGUAACGCCAUUUCAUUCACAUUAUUAUAGGAGACAAUGCGAGAGUACAUCCAGCAGCACCCAGAGUUAAACAUGACCCAAGACGAUAUUGUGAAGUCCACUUUGACAAAGGCUGAAAGGCAUCUGAAGGACAAAUCUGACGGCCGGCCUGACAAACCACCUCCGUGAGUCAUGGCUGCUGACACUCCGCUGUGUGUUCUGUUGCCUUGUGUGUGAGUUACUUGAAUGUAAUGCAUUAUGUCCUUUCAGAAACGGUUACUCGAUGUUCUGUGCUGAGCUGAUGUCAAAUAUGAAGGAUGUUCCCAGCACAGAGCGUAUGGUAAUGUGCAGCCAGCGGUGGAAGCAGCUGAAACAGGCUGAAAAAGAUGGCUACCAGAAACGCUGUGAACAGGUGAGGUCAGACUCAACAAGUCCCAUCAUUCUGAUUUUUAAAACAAAUCUAUUGAACCAUGUUUGACUUUGUUUUUCAGAGAAAGAAGGAGUAUGAGAUUGAGAUGAGCCGAUUUCUCAGUGUAAGUUGUAGAUUGUUGUUUUGCUUCAUCUUAAUGGUGGGGUUUUGUCAUGCUUAUUUGUGUGCUGCAGUAUUUUGCAAAGGAUAACUCAUGGAUUAUUUUUCUGCUGUGCCGCUCCACAGAGUUUGUCUGAGGAAGAGCAGCAGCGAGUCUUGUCAGAGGAGAAGGUGGGUUUCAAGAAGGGCAGUGGAGCCAACAGUCCUGCAUCGAAAAAGAAGAACUCGAAAGCUAAGGUAAAAUCAAGUUUUUACGCAACACGAGUCGCUUAAACGACUUAAACGCCAGAUUCUGUCAGGCUCAAAAUGAAACAACUCUGAUCAAAUCAGUCUUUACAUAUAUUCAAAGAAAUAAGCUAUCAUGGCAGUUGAGUCUAAGUUCCUCUCUUUAACUCACAGGCCAAUCCAGAGAAACCCAAGAGGCCCAUUUCGGCCAUGUUCAUUUUCUCUGAGGAGAAGCGUCCAAAACUGCAACAGGAGCGGCCCGACCUCUCUGAAAGCGAGCUCACCAGACUUCUGGCUCGCAUGUGGAAUGAGCUGCCGGAUAAGAAGAAGGUAACCUUACAAUGUGGUGCACCAUAUUUAGAGGAACAGGAUGUAGAUAUAAGGAUACUGAGCUAAAUCUAGCUGUCAGGUUCUACAUAGAAUCACUUCUUUGCUCACCUGUUGUGUAGAUGAAGAUCCAUAAACAAUGGAUGAUUCAUGAUAGGUAUUAUUCUCCAAGUUUUAACCUCCAAAAUUGACCAUCAGUAGGGAUUCUUAAGCAUCAACCACUAUUUUUUUUUCCAGCUACUGUGCGGCUGUUACCGGUUUGUUUGUUCUGUGCUUCUGUAGACAAACAAUGAUGCAAGGAAGCUCCCAUGCUAAAAAGGGACCUGCCUUAAUGGAGAUCCAGUAGGCUUAUUCUAAGUGAAAAAACUUAAAUAUUCAGGUAGUGCAGGGCUUGACGUAUUUACAUGAAAAAACAUUUGUUGCCUCAGCUGAUUUUUUUAUGCGCACAUGUGCCCCUAAAUACAUUUUACAAUUCGCACAUAUCAAUUUUUAGUCGCAAAUGCGAGUUCAAACAGUUGCAUUGUCGAGAAGUCUGUUCUACCAAACGUCCCUUAUUACCACAUACUGUACCUCUCAAUCUACAAAAUACAUGUCAGCCGUCAGAGUGGUUUUUAAGCGUGAAUUUCUGAAGAAAAUCCCCUUUUUUGUCUCUGUCUUGCAGGAGAAGUACAAACGCCUUGAAACGGUCCUGAAGGCAGAGUCAGAGAAGAAGGAACGAGAGGAUCGUAGUCGUCUACCUGACCCACCCAAGACUGCACAGGAAAUCUGGCAGCAGAGCGUGAUAGGAGACUACCUGGCCAGAUUCAAGGUAAGUUUUGAUUUUGCCAAUUACACUGCAUACACUGGCCAGCUGCUAUUAAGAAAUACCGCCUUAAAGACUUCAGAGAGGAAGUGAAAGGAUACAUGUUUGUAAGUUGUAAAAAAAGUACAGAUUUGUCAGGUUGGAAGAGACCAACAGUACUGAGAACAAAGUGUUAGUGGUGAACCACAGGCUGAACAUGGACAGAGCUAGAAAAUACACCUAAAUAACCUCUUCAGUUAUAAUAAAUUGUUAAUCUGGGGUUUGCAGAACGACCGGCCAAAGGCACAGAAAGCCAUGGAAGGGGCCUGGAGCACCAUGGAGAAAAAAGAGAAAAUAAUGUGGAUCAAAAAAGCAGCAGAGGACCAGAAAAGAUACGAGGUAGCCGCACUUCACUGACAUGCCGUCUUGUCAGAGUCUGCCUUUUUGCCUGAAAGAUCAAGCUUGACUCUGAUUCUCCCCCAACAGAGGGACUUGUGUGAGAUGCGCUCACCUGCUGCUGCCAUCGCUUCAGGGAAGAAGAUGAAGUUUGAGGGUGAACCCAAGAAACCACCAUCGUGAGUUGGUCUAGCUUCCCUGUGUUACCUAUGUGUAUGAGUAUGUAUCUGCUGAAACCUGGGAGCUGACUGUAUUUUUUUCUUUUUUUACACCCGUAGAAAUGGAUAUCAGAAGUUCUCUCAGGAGAUGCUGUCCAAUGGGGAGCUGAAUCACCUCCCCAUGAAAGAGCGGAUGACUGAAAUCGGCAGCCGCUGGCAGAGGCUACCUCUGAAGGACAAGGACCGCUAUAAGAAGAUUGCAGAGGAGAAGCAGAGACAGUACAAAGUCACCCUGGAACAGUGGCUCGCGGUAAGAUGUUUUUUUUGUUUUUUGUUUUUUUUUGAGGCAAGAAAUACUGAAGAAGCCCUGAACUUUACCUCACAUGUACUUUGAAUCUCCACAGAGCCUGUCUUCACAAGAGAGAAACACCUACAAAGAAUAUAACUCACAAGUAAGCCACUUCUUCUACUCUUGUUGGUUAAACUUAAUUGUAAAUUAAACUGUAUGAUUUUUAGCUUAAUGAUGCGUGAUGUUUCAGAAAAGGAGAACUACAGCGAAACCAGGAGGCCCCAAGGCAAAGACCAAGAAAUCUGUGAGCGCAGACUCUUGUUGUUCAGUAAAUCUGCUCUAGAUGUGUACUGUCAUGAUGUUCUGACUGGAAAUAUCUCUCCAACAGGACACAGAAGAAGAAGAGGAUGAUGAAGAUGAUGAUGACGAUGAGCAGGAGAAGGCUUCCUCCGAGGCAGAUUCAUCCAGUGAGGAUGAGGACGACGAUGAUGAUGAUGUAAGUUGCGUCUUUCUUUGCCGUCACACAAUAAUAAUGCAUAAUGAUGAGUGUGUUAACUGUUUGUGUUUUUUUUCGUAUGUUUGAAGAAGGAGGAUGAUGAUGACGAUGAAGACGACGACGAUGAUGACGAGGCAGAGGACAAGGAGAACAAGUCAGAAGACAGCAGCAGUGAGUCAAACUCACAGGGGUCAUCGGACUCUGAUUCAGACUGAAAUGCCGUCGUCUCUGAGGAGACGAACUGAGCAGCGCUGAGCUGAGCCAAGAGUCAAGGGAGCUCUGCCACUGUGCCAACCCUGCUCUCCUCCCACCACCAGAGGGAGUCCCGCAUUGCCUCAUCAACUUCACUCUCAUCCACUUUAUGUUACUGCGCUGGCAAAUUUUCCAUGGAGGGAACUCACCCCAUGUUUAAGUUCAGUUUCAUUCCCUCCCUCCCUCCCCCAUAGUGUGACGGUCAUCCCACAGCACCGCCACAGGGCCGCCGAUGUUAUGCCAAAAAGAGCAUCCCACUGGUUUGGUGAUGUCGUGAACAUUUCUGCCGCUGGUUGAACUCUGGACUCAAAGGUUCAAUGGUUUAAAGGUUAGAGUUUUAACGUGGAGGGUGACAAAUCACUCUUCAGUGUUUUAUUUUGUAUGAUUCUGGUUUAUGUUGAAGACAGGUAACUCGAGAUGUGAACAGGCUUCAUAGAGCCAAAGAACAUAGUAAUGUGGAUCGCUUUACAGAUAUGGGGGGUGUGGGGUGGGGGGCUGUGCAGGGUACUGAAAAAUUGCACUCUUCAGAAUGUUUCCAUUCAUUUUUAUUUUCUUUUCCAGAACAUUGUUGUGUUUUUUUCCCUAUGAUUUCCAAUUGAUGAUGUAGAUUUUAUCGUUUGGUUCUUAAAGAGGUGGUAUUUUUUCAGGAAAAAAAUCAAGCCAUUAUGAAUGUUUCAUUUUUCUAGCUGGAAAAUUUCAGAAUUGUCACUCACCUGUUUUCUUGUUCAAAAUAUGACAGUGCCUACAUAAAGUAUUCACCCACUCUUGGACUUUUUUUUAUAUGAAUCAUUUUGUUGCACAACACUGAACCAGAGUGGAUAUCAUGAGGCUUCAUUUCCCAUUCUUAAAAAAAAGGAACUCUGUGAGAGAAAUGCUGAAACACUUUUGUUAAAAUGGGCUAUUUUCUAAUGUUUUUGUCACAAACUAGACUCUAAAUGAAGCAGCCCCUGACUAAGAGAGCUGUUUUAAGAAAGAGACACUUCAAAAGUUGUAUUUUAAUGAAGUGCAACUUAAAAAAAAAUGUCACCCUUUUUAAAUAUUGAGUGAAGGCAGCUUUGGCAACAGUAACGGCCUUUUGCGUGGCUCUCUGGUAGCUCUGCAAGUGCAGAGGUGAUAGUUCCCUUCUUAUUUGCAAUCAAAUUGCAGUUUGAUCCAGAUUCUGCUGCUUUUGCGCUGACACAGCUCACAGUGUCUAUAGUCUUACAUUGACAGAACUUUUACAGAUUGACCUUACAGUAGUCUCUGGCCCAUUAUGUGCCUUUUUAAAAUCUUAUAUCCUGACUUUGUGUUUUUAGUACUGAAAACACAUUAUCUUCACCAGCCUGUACUUAAAGUGAAGUUUUACUUACAAUAUGAUUUCAUUUGACGUCAAGGAGUAAUUUCUAAGUGUUUCAUCCACUGUGCUUUAGUGUUGUAAUGCAAAAUGAUGGUGCAAAGAGUGGUGGAUACUUUUAAUAGGAACUCUAUUUACAUCUGUUAGUCUGACCAACAUGUCUUGGUCUUGUCGUGCAGAGACCCAUAAGUCUGCAACCAUUCUUUUUUUCUGAUUCUGGUCUAGCAGUCAUCUUGUGUGUUUAUUGUGAGACCAGAUCACUUUGUCAUUAAAGGGGUUAACAUUUCAUUUUCCACAUUUCAAGUUCAGUCUGCCUGUUUUUUUAGAGUUUGUCAUACAGUUAGCCUCUGUUUCUUCUCUGAGCUGUUGCGUCAUUUCCAUUUUAUCGGAGGUUUUGUUUCUUUGAGGUUUUAGCUGUCAUGCUCUCAUCCAUGUGGAGCCACUGUGUGGAUGUUUGAAUGACUGAAUGGUUCUCAUCAAAGUUUUGAAAUUUUAGUGGUAUUGACUGUAAUCUCUGAAGGUUGCAGCCGGAUGCUUAUCCCAAAAAAAGUGUGCACUUAUUGUUAAACUGUCCCUCUGUGUGUGUUUGGGUGCAAGCAUACACAGAACUGUGUAUAUAUGGGGGUGUGAGUGUGUGUUUCUUUGCUCCAGUGUGUGCUGUUUUUACUGUUUUGUUGUUGUAUACCAUGAUGUGAUUGCAGCGUGCAUGUUCGUGCCUGUUUGGGGACAUCUUACCAACACCAUGAAUGUAGAUAUUGUUAAUUUUGUUUUCCUCCAAAGGUCUUAAGUAUUUUUUGUUGCUCUGCGCUGUCAUGUCGUCAGUCACCCAAAAUGGGUCUGAUGAUAAGACUUCAUGACUGUCAUUUUGGGUCCACAGACAGAUUACAACUACCAAUAAUCUGGUUUUAAUGGACUGAUUUUGACCCAACGGAUUGUUGUCAAUGUCUGAAACAAAACCAGCUUGGACUAUUUAAGUAAUUUGGGGAGGGUCUAAGGAAACUGAGUGCUGUAAUUGGUUGAUACGAGUUAUAAAAGGGACUCAGGAGUUGCAAGAAUUGGGGUUUAAAAUAACUUGUAAUUUUUUUGUAAAUACUGUUUUUGUAAUGAGUGCUUAUUGUUUUUUUGUUAGUGCUUUGACUUUGCAAACCCUCAUCUGUGACUUCUGAGGUCAGAACUGAGUUUUUCAGUCACAUGGAGAAGGUUUUUGGUUCAGUUCACCUGUUUCGUUGUUUCUUCUCUCCGUUCUGUUGGUUCAUAGAGAUAUCUAAGACAGCAAAGCUUUACAAAGUUUGUACUGCUGAUCAUUUGACAAGAUUUGAUGUUUUCUAUAGCUGAGGGUGUUCUUAUGUCCUUGUAGUUCAAGUCUUUGGGCAAAUAAAAAAAGAUCUUCAAUAA